AUGUUGUAUUUUCCGUGGCGUAAUGAUCAGAAACUCUUUGGCGAAGACCAGACAUACAUAUCUAAGUUUUAUGAGCCAGAUGUUCAAGAAGUAGUAAAACGCAACAAAGAAAUAUUUGAGCCAGAUGGUGAUGCUAUUAACAGAGCACUAGAAACUUUACGAAAGGAUGGUGUACCAACUCACUCCUAUAAUCCAAUUAAUGACCAGGAAAAUGAAGAUUUGCGACAAAGUUUACCUGACGAUUCUGAUGAAACCGAGUCUUUUAACGAGUCGUUGCCACAAAAUCUUGCAUCAAAUCCUGAAUCAGUUCAACCAUCUUCUGGAAUAAGUUCUUAUAAUCAACCCAUCAGUGACGACAAUCUACGAAAAACUGUAAGAUCAUUGAACAACAAACAACGUUAUGCAUAUGACGUAGUUCUUUCCUGGUGUAGAAAUAAAAUGGCAAACCUAAACACCAUUAAACCUUCUCAAGUUGAUCCAAUACAUAUUUUUGUUAGUGGAG